GGGCCGCGCUCAGGGGGAGGGGAGGUAGGCAAGAUGGCGUCCGGCGAGUGAUUCACCCCAGAUACGUCCAGCGGCCGCUGAGACACCGGGGCGGGGGGUCCUGCCCCCACGGUCGCCCUUCCUCCUCUCCCCCACCCCCGGAGACCCCCCCUACUCUUCCUCCCUCUACCUCGGGGUGGGGGUGGGGGGGCGAGCCUGGUUCCCGGGACACCAUGUCGGACUCUGAGGAGGAGAGCCAGGACCGGCAACUGAAAAUCGUCGUGCUGGGGGACGGCACCUCCGGGAAGACCUCCUUAGCUACGUGUUUUGCUCAAGAAACUUUUGGGAAACAGUACAAACAAACUAUAGGACUGGAUUUCUUUUUGAGAAGGAUAACAUUGCCAGGAAACUUGAAUGUUACUCUUCAAGUUUGGGAUAUAGGAGGACAGACAAUAGGAGGCAAGAUGUUGGAUAAAUAUAUCUAUGGAGCACAGGGAAUCCUGUUGGUAUAUGAUAUUACAAAUUAUCAAAGCUUUGAGAAUUUAGAAGAUUGGUAUUCUGUGGUGAAGAAAGUGAGCGAGGAGUCAGAGACUCAGCCGCUGGUUGCCUUGGUGGGCAAUAAAAUUGAUUUGGAGCAUAUGCGAACAGUAAAACCUGAUAAACAUUUACGGUUUUGCCAGGAAAAUGGUUUUAGUAGCCACUUUGUCUCAGCAAAGACAGGAGACUCUGUCUUCCUGUGUUUUCAGAAAGUUGCUGCUGAAAUCCUUGGAAUCAAGUUAAACAAAGCAGAAAUAGAACAGUCACAGGUUAGAUGGCUUUGUGAAUUUGGAGAACUGUCCAGCUGGUGCUGCACGCGGACGUGGUCCGGCGACCGUGCAAGAGCCCUCCCAGGACGUGUCACGACUGCUGUUGGAUCAUUGUGGGUCGGACUGUCCCUGAUGUUCAGACGUUCUUCUGCAAAUAAACUCAUUCCAGUUACUUUUCGUGGGGGUGUUUUCCUUCUGCCGUUUGCCUUGUAGUGACAGUAAACGGUGUGUUCGGGUACUGGAUGAGCGAUCACGUCGCGUUUCCUAAGCGUUUGGUCACUUCGAAUUGUUAGGUUGUUCUGUGGGACGGAUUCGGGUCCAGACCCUGCAGCCUGGCAACGUCAGGGGCUCCACCCUCCACCCGUCUGCCUUUCCUCCCACCGCCGGCCCGUGCCCUGCCCACCUGCGCACAGGCCGAGCGCGGGCUCGCUCCUGUGUGCUUCUGGAGGCCCUGCCCUCCCGUCUUGAGGUCCAGGUCCCUCUGCCUGGCCUCCCUCCUGCUCCAGAUGUCUGCCUCCUGCCAGCCGGCCUCAGGCACUGUGAGGGCCUGGCUCUGUUUCUCUCAGGCCCGGUUGUGUGGUGUUUUUCGUACUGAGGCACGCUGUCUGGCGUAGUGCGUGCUUCGUAUUCGCCACCCGGAGACAGGCACGGAUGCCGCCCCGCCACGAAGCUGGCCCUCGUCUGCACGGCCCACAUUCCGCGUGAGCGCCUCUUGGAUGGCCGUUCCCCCUUCCCACCUUGAAUCACAGUCACUUGCAUCCUUGUGUUUUAUUGCUUACGAAGCCAUGAGCCUGUGGAAGGACAGUCCAGGUCUGUCCCGGGAGUGUCUGGCGGGGGCGGGGGGGGGGGGUGCCUCUCUCGGGGGAGACUUACUGCCACAAGUACGCGCAGGAGUCUUGGACACCUAAUUUUACAGCUGUAAGGGAUUUUAGAAAACUUGUUCUUUCGUAUCCUGUGUGGUUGAGGAAGCUGAAGUUUGGAGAGAAGAAGGAGCUUUCCCAGAGGUCAUGGAAUCAAAGCUAGACCCGAUAGGAAGCCUUCUGUCUCGAGGCCAGGGUGACCCUUUCUCAAGAGUGAUUUGAAGUUGAAGAAAUUUUAAAAAAUUGUGACUUCUGUAGUCCUCAGGCAACAAGUCCACGCUUUCUCAACGGUGGUUUCUUUGUUUUUUAUUUUCUAGCAAUUAAGCAGCCUUUUCAGCCUUGCAAGGCAAUAAGCCCUGCAAGGUAUUUCAUUUUAUCCUUCCCUUCAGCCUCUCCUACCAUUUUGGCCAGGCUUCGAUGGAGACUGUAUUCUCCCUAUGUUCCUCAGGAGAGUAGAAGUUUGAAUAAAAGAGAGUUCAACUCUCAAGGAUCUUACAAUCUAAUAGGAGAAAUGUUUGUUGUUGCUGCUGUUGUAAAAGCUGUGAUUAAAUCUAUUAAACUAAACUUGCCCAAGA